GGCCAGUUCGCAGAGCUGGUGAGAAGGUGCGCAGAGCCCGGACGCGGUGCCUGGCACCAGGCAAGCACAUGCCAUCACGCUGCCCAGUGUCGUUAUUCUCUGGGGAAAUUGCGUCCCAAAGAAAGUGAGUGUGUGCGCGUGUGAGUGCUGCGGUGGCGGGGGAGGGGGGGUUCCUUGCCCCAGGUCAGAGGCACAGCCGGGACUGCGUCCCCGACGCCCUUGCGGCCGCUGAGCCCCGCGCAGCGGAGAAGCGCAGGGUCCGCGUGCCCAUGGCCGCAGGCAGACCCUGGACCGUUUCCUUCCCGAGCCCCGCGAGCGGGAACGGGCAGCGGCCCGCGGAGGUGGAGGGAAGGCGCGGCGGGGCCCGCGGGCGUGCGCACCAUGACGCGCAGAGGCUGGGCGGGCGCGGGGCGGGGCGGCCACGUGGGCUGCAUAUAAGGGCAGUCGCUGGGCGCUGAGAGGCAGAGAGGUUUUGUCUGGGAGCUGGAGCCCAGGCGCAGCCGCAGCCCGAACCCGAGCCGCGCCGCCCGGCCGCUCUGCCGGCCCCGCCGCUCUGCCCCGUGCCCCCAGCCACAGUCGGCUCGUCUCGCGGCCCCGCGCUCGCCCCCGCGGUCCCUCUGCUCAAUGAAAUUGGCCGCGAUGAUCAAGAAGAUGUGCCAGAGCGACUCGGAGCUGAGUAUCCCGGCCAAGAACUGCUACCGCAUGGUGGUCCUCGGCUCGUCCAAGGUGGGCAAGACGGCCAUCGUGUCGCGCUUCCUCACGGGCCGCUUCGAGGACGCCUACACGCCCACCAUCGAGGACUUCCACCGCAAGUUCUACUGCAUCCGCGGCGAGAUCUACCAGCUCGACAUCCUCGACACGUCCGGCAACCACCCCUUCCCCGCCAUGCGGCGCCUCUCCAUCCUCACUGGAGACGUGUUCAUCCUGGUGUUCAGCCUGGACAACCGCGACUCCUUCGAGGAGGUGCAGAGGCUCAAGCGGCAGAUCCUCGACACCAAGUCUUGCCUCAAGAACAAAACCAAGGAGAACGUGGACGUGCCCCUGGUCAUCUGUGGCAACAAGGGGGACCGGGACUUCUACCGCGAGGUGGAGCAGCGCGAGAUAGAGCAGCUGGUGGGCGCCGACCCCCAGCGCUGCGCCUACUUCGAGAUCUCGGCCAAGAGGAACAGCCGCCUGGACCAGAUGUUCCACGCGCUCUUCGCCAUGGCCAACCUGCCGCGCGAGAUGAGCCCGGACCUGCACCGCCAGGUAUCGGCGCAGCACUGCGAGGCGCUGCACAAGAAGGCGCUGCGGGGCAAGAGGCUGCGGCGAGCGGGCGGCGACCGGGACGACGCCUUCGGCAUCUUGGCGCCCUGGGCGCGCAGGCCGAGCGUGCACAGCGAUCUCAUGUACAUCCGCGAGAAGGCCAGCGGCGGCGGCCAGACCAAGGACAAGGAACGCUGCGUUAUCAGCUAGGAACUCCCGCCCCGCGCGGGCGCAAAACCUCAGGAGGCCCUCUUGUCCAAGAGUCUAGUGUCCGGGCCGUGUGUCCCGAGCCCCGUGUGCGCGCGCGCGCGCGCAGACGGGCGUCUUCCUUCCCAGCACUCCAGCCUGUUCACUGGGGAGACUCAAAGGAACCGAGAAGGGACCAUCAUCUGCUCCAGAAGGAAAGAGAGCUGAGCCCGGGCUCCCCCAACCUCCGAUCCCCCGUUGGCGCCCGCUAGCCCCACUCGCCCAGCAGAGGGUGAAUUUGCCUUGUUUCUCACAAAGACCUAAGAACGGGGGUGGGAAUGGGAGUUAAUCAGCCACCACUGGGCUUUCAGCAAUGGGUCCUGCCGGCUGGAGGGCCAGGACAAACGGGGCAUUAUCUGUGAUUGGGGGUUGCCAUGACAGCUGGCCUGAAACUUGAGGGCGGGGUCCGAUCGUAGGGAGUGACUUGUUUACAUGUGUGUGCAACUGCACAAAGCAAAACAUAAAUCUUGCACUUUAUAGUAGUUCUGGUGUCACCGUUGGACAUGAACAAAAUCUUACCUAGGUGUUUGUACUGUGUCUUUGAAGUUAGUCUUGUUACUGGUUUUUUAAUAUAAAAUAA